AAAUGCCAUUUGCAUGGAUUGUGCUCUCAGCAAUUUGGCUGGUGAUGCAUUUCACAGCAGAAGCCUGCAGGAAAGGGAUCAUGACUUCCAGCAAAGCUCCCCAUGGCACUGAGGAAAUCUGUGACAAAGGGAGAAUGACAGCCAACACUGCCAGUGCCAUCCAGCCUGGGACCAACGUCACCCUGUCCUGCUACCUGGGAGACUUGCAGACACCUAAGUGCAGGAUAGGGAUUUUCCUUAACAACUCUGAACAAGUUAAAAAUUCUGGCCAUUCAGUAAGCAAAACAUUUCCAGUCAAUACCUAUGGCAGACACACCUUUACAUGCAAAAUGGUUUGUGGAGGAAGGAAAAAACUCAUUUGUGGAAUCGAUAUCAAGUGUGGAAAUCCUCCAGAUGAGCCAGGAAAUGUGUCAUGUAUCCAGAUCGGAACAGACAGCCACCCCGUCUGCACCUGGGAUAAGGGAAGGCUCACAUACCUUGACACCACGUAUGUGAUACAGCUCUCAAAUGGGACACAUGACUUGUGCUUUUCAGAAGAAAGUCUGAAUAAGACAUUUGGCUUGCUGGCUCUGAGAAAGUUGAAUUUUGACUCCAAUUACACCGUUGUGGUUUCUGCCUCCAAUAAGUUGGGAAGUGCUUCUUCACAGCCAUUCACCUUCACAUUAAUAGACAUAGUGAAGCCACAUCCUCCUGACUUUUUAGUGGAAUUUGACAGUUCUUCUGCGACCAACUGCACUCUUUUUUGGCACAAUGAAGCACAAGCACAGCACUGCAGGCUGAGAUACCGUCCCCUCACCAGGCACUCCUGGAGCACGGUUGAAAUCUUCAGCAGUGAACAAUACCACCUUCAUGGGCUGGAGCCUGACACAGCCUAUGAGUUCCAGGUCAGCUGUAAAAUUCACCCCGAGCGAGGGCUGUGGAGCGACUGGAAAAUGAACGAAGCCCGGACUCCAGAAGCAGAGCCGACCGGGAUCCCCGAUGUCUGGUACCGGCAGGAGCAGGACCUGGGCUCUCAGCAGCAGAACAUCUCACUCUUUUGGAAGGCUCUGAGCAAGUCAGAGGCAGGAGGAAGAAUCCUGGGGUACAGAGUGACCUUUGAAGCCCUGGACCAUCAGAACCCCCCCACAGAAUCCCACCAAACCACUCACACCAGCUACUCCAAAGUCACACCAAGGGUGGACUACAGGAUCACAGUCACUGCUCAGAACUCUCGGGGCAGGUCCCCCCCUGCAUCCAUCCUGACCAACCUGGGUAUCCAGGAUCUGCCACCUCCUCAGCAAGUCUCUGCCAUGGCCAUGGGGAACAGCAGCAUCCUGGUCAGCUGGAAACCACCCCUCAGAUCUGCUGUGCCCGUCGGUGGGUACGUGGUGGAGUGGGCAGAGACAGGGAGGAACCCACACCUGGAGCCCCAUCACACCUGGGCAAAGCUUCCCGUGUCCAACCUGUCCACAGUGAUAGCAGAGCACAUCAAAGAUAACAUGUGCUACCAGAUCCGUGUGUUUGCUCUCUACCAGGACAGAGCUGGACAGGCAGUGUCAGUCAGAGGAUACUCCACAGCACAAGCCCCAUCAGCUGGGCCCCAGAUGUUCACAAUCCCUUCGGCCACCGGCGUCUUGGUGUCAUGGGAGGAAAUCCCUGUUCCCCAGCAGAGGGGCUGCAUCACAGGGUACCACGUGUACCUGCAGAGGACGGACAGCCAGGGAGACCCUCAGGUCUAUGCCAUUCCCAAUGGGACGGCCCCGGGGUCCCUGUACAUCCCGGACCUGCAGCCAGGGGAGCUCUACGACCUGUGGGUGACAGGGUCCACUGUGGCCGGGGAGGGGCCGCCGGGCAACAGCGACCGGCUCCGCCUGGAAAGUGCCAGGGGCUGGGUGACUCCGGUGCUCACCUGCAGCUUCUUCAUCUUCUCAGCCUGUGCUUGUUUUGUGCCUCCAGCAAGAAAAGUGUUCCACUCGCUCCUCUCCGUGCUCCUGCCACAGUGGCAGAACAAAGCCAUUCCCGACCCAGCUAACGCCACGUGGGCCAAGAGCUUCAUGGCUACCAAGGCAGAGCUGAGCUCAUCCUCUAUCCUGUUCCCGCCCAGCACCGUCGGCUUUGAAGAGCCUGAACCAACCCCCGUGGAGGAAGCUUUCAUGCAGCCUGAUCCCCCGGCCCCUGGGGACAAACUGCUGGUGGGCAGCGCUGGCAGCAGGAGGCAUGGGGACUGGGCACAGGAGAGCUCAAUACAUCACCAACCCCGGCCCCACUGA